AUGGCAAGGAGUAAAAGCAGUCUCCCCUAAAAUUUGAAAAAUAUUUUACAAGUUUUUAAACUAAAAUAAGUGGAAGCCCCUUACCACUUAUAAGUCCUUCAAAAAUCAUAACUUAUAUCUGCUACUUAAAUAUCUAUUUACUUCUUAAACAAUAAUUAAGUAUUAGAUACAAUUGGGGAACACAAUGUUAGUUUAGAUAAAGAUCUCACAAACGUUAUAAUUGAAAUGACAAUUGUUUGUCCUUAAGGAAAGGCAAUUGAAAGCAAUUUCGAAAAAUGCUUUGAUUGUUCUAUUUAAAAGCUUUACAAAUCAAACUAUUAAUGCAGUAACACACUCAAAGAAUUAGUUUUCAAAGUUUAGUAUAAAAAAUAAACUCCAGCAUAUUCUGAAUUUGUAAUCAAGAUACAAGAAAAUUUAUAUCAAAUGAAAUAGCUACUUUACAAUCAAAAUAUUGAAGAGGCUGUAAUAUUUUUGAUAACUUUAAAAGAUAUCUGA